AUGAAGAAAACAAACCAAAAAGCUUCUACUAUGCCUUUAUUGAAUAAAAAAGUCGAUAUAUACGCUGCAAAAUUCAAAAGAUUAUUAGGACAAGUAGACUCUGAAGAUAGCUUACUCGAUGAAUUCAUAAUAAGGAUAUUCCUGAGUGGACUAAGAGGAAAGACCGUGACUUUUGUCGCAGUAUUGGAACCUGAAGACUUGGACAAAGCUAUUGUUAGUGCUAGAAGAGUAGAAGUGGGAGAGUAUUAUAGUAGGCAAACCCCUGAAAAAACUCAACAAAAGAAAUUAGAGGAAGAAUUAGAUAACCUAUUCUAG